UAUGAAGUUUGAAGAGGAGCACAGCGAUGACUUCCGUGAGGAGCUGAAGUAUAAAUGUUUGUGUGAACGGCCUGUACAACUCGUCUGUGUUUAAACAUGAGUCUGAGGGAGAUCACCGAGAACAUGAAGCUGGCCCGGGAGUACGCUCUGCUGGGGAACUACAGCUCAGCCAGUGUUCUGUACCAGGGCCUGCUGGAACAGAUCAGGAAGUAUACGUUCACGGUGCGGGACAGCAGUGUUCAGCACAGGUGGCAGCAGCUGUGGCAGGAAAUUAACGAAGAGACUCAACAUGUUCGGGACAUAAUGUCGACUCUGGAGAACUUCCAGCUGGACGCCACGCCUGUCAAACCCAGUAACCAUGAUGCUUUAGAGAUCAGGCCAGCACAUGUAGAACAGAGGCGUCCUGCUGUCCCACAGAAGGACAGCAAACCUCCCAACAACCGUCUGAGUGCAGCUGGGAGGGUCCAGCAGAGGCCGUCCCCUCGAGGACACGAGGACAGAAGCAGAGCUAAAGGAAAGGAAAAGAAAGAAGUGAAGGAGCCAAAGGAAGGAAAGGAGGCUGCUGGUAAAGCAAACAAUGAAAAGGAGAAAGAAGUGAAAAAGUUUGACUGGACAGGAUAUGAUAAAGACCUGGUGGAAGCUCUGGAGCGAGACAUCAUAUCUCAGAAUCCAAACGUUAAAUGGGAUGACAUUGCAGACUUGGAAGAUCCCAAAAAGCUCCUAAAGGAAGCGGUUGUCCUGCCCAUGUGGAUGCCAGACUUCUUCAAAGGCAUCCGGAGACCGUGGAAGGGGGUCCUGAUGGUGGGACCUCCAGGCACAGGGAAGACUCUUUUGGCCAAAGCCGUUGCUACUGAAUGCAGAACCACGUUUUUUAACGUCUCCUCUUCUACGCUCACCUCCAAGUACAGGGGCGAGUCUGAGAAGCUCGUCCGCCUCCUCUUUGAAAUGGCCCGUUUUUACGCUCCCACUACCAUCUUCAUCGAUGAGAUUGACUCCAUGUGCAGUCGCAGAGGAACCUCAGAGGAACACGAGGCCAGCAGGAGGGUCAAAGCUGAGCUGCUGGUGCAGAUGGACGGCGUCGGUGGAGCGUCGGAGAAUGAUGACCCGUCAAAGAUGGUGAUGGUUCUGGCUGCCACCAACUUCCCCUGGGACAUCGACGAGGCUCUGAGGAGGCGGCUGGAGAAGAGGAUUUACAUCCCUCUGCCUUCAAUUAAAGGGCGGGUGGAGCUGCUCAGGAUCAACCUGAAGGAGCUGGAGCUGGCCCACGACGUAGACCUGGACAAGAUCGCAGAGCAGAUGGAGGGUUACUCUGGAGCUGACAUCACUAACGUGUGCAGAGACGCCUCUCUGAUGGCCAUGAGGAGGAGAAUCGAGGGUCUCACCCCAGAGGAGAUCAGGAACCUGUCCCGGGAUGAGAUGCACAUGCCAACCACCAUGGAGGACUUUGAGUCCACUUUGAGGAAAGUCUCCAAGUCCGUGUCUGCAGCCGACCUGGAGAAGUACGAGAAGUGGAUCGAGGAGUUUGGAUCCUGCUGAAGGACUACAGAAUCCCAGUUUUCUCUGGUGUCGGUUAAAUGUGGAGCAGGUCUGAGUCCAGCUUUAGUUUUUACAUCACAAAUCAAACAUUUCCUCAGGAAAAUGUUCUUUGUUCAAACAGAUAAUUAAAUUAAAAUAAUGCUUUUUUUUUUCUUGUUUUUAUUUGGAAGCACAUUCUGUGUGUUUCUGGUUCAUGUUAAUUCCUCUGAAUGUAACUAAGAUAUUUAUAAAUAAAGACUCGGGUUUCCUUUAGUUUCAGCUGGUCCUGUUGAUCCGGACCACCUCACUGAGGCCAAGUGUUCAAACAGAACUUCAGACAGAACUUCAACAACCACCAGAUAAAGGAUCAGUUUGUGCACACAGAAAACAUAAGGAUCUGAUGUUUGAAGAAAUGAAAACCUUUAUUUCAGCCACAGUUCUCUGCACUAAAAGCUCAUGUAGAGUUUCAGAUCAUGUUUGUUUUAUUGCUGCUGUCAGUCAUGCAGUUUCAACAGGUCAACAUGCACGUUUCUAGUUUCCAUCAGUCAUCAUGCACUGUGCCUGACCUCUGCAUCAUUUCUGCUCUGUUCGGGGGAUUAAAAACUAAUGAGUUCAAUCAGAUGUGAUUCAGAGGAAGGCAGUGAGUCCUUCUGUAAAACAUCUGAUGAAAGAAACUUCAGGAAUAUUAUAAAUCAUAAUCCAGUCUUUUUUAAAUGUCACUGUUUUAUGAUUUGUGUAAAACUGAUGUCAUGUUUUUAUUACAGAUCUCUCUUGUAAAUGAGCCUACAUGUCUAAAUAAAUAAAUAAUAUUGUAUAAAACUGAACCUUUAUUUUUAAGGUUUGACAAAGAAAAGUUCUCAGUAAAGAUGGUUUUAGUCAUGAACAGUGGUGGCUGACAGGCAUUCAUUAAAACACUUCAACCUUUGAAAUUCCCCAAACAUACAGGACGUAAGAGUUUUAUGAGACUAAUUCAAUCAAAACUUACAGCUUCUUUUGUAAAGUGGAACAAAAAACAACAGAAACCAUUAAAAAAGCAUCAUGUUGAUUCAGUAAAACACCUGCUAAACACACUGGUCUCAUCCUGAAACUGGUUCAUGCAGAGAACUGGAUCCCUCUGACUCCAGCAGAGGAACAUCCUGAACGAACUCACGAGUUCUUCAGCAGCUCGUGUGAAGAACUGAAAUCAUCUGAGGCACUGUGAAGGACAGCCACUGAUGAUGAUGAUGAAAUAAAAGCCUUCAUCUAACAGACCUGCGUAGGUUCGUCAGAUUAAAUAAAGUUCUCAUCUUGUUUCCAGUUAAAGGUCAGCAGACAUGAAGACAAAGUCUGCUGACCUGUAGGGACCUGCUGCACUCGUGGUGUUUGUGAACACAAGUCAGCUCCUUAAAUCAGUUUGUUCUUCGUUUUAAAGUUCAGAGGAUUUUUUAAAAACAAUUUAAAUAUAUACAUAUAAAAUAAAAAGCAAAACUUCACAAAAACUGCUGCCUGUGAUUCUAGGAUUUCAUCGUUUUUUGCAGAAAAAGCAACUAGAUACAGGAAGUGAGAAAGUUACAGUUCCUCUGCCUCUUUAUGGUUUUAAUUGUCAAAUCAGUUAGGAUCUAUAUAAAUUGGCCUUUUGUGAAAAAAAAACUUCAAUGUGAAAUCAUAUUUCUACAAAGAAACACUAAUAAAAUAAAAAUAUAUCUAAAGCAAAACAAGUGAUUUCAUGAAUCCAGAAUUACUCAAUGACCAAGUAGAACAGUGAAAGGUCACUAAUCCUGAUUUAUAUCUGCUGUUUCCACCUCCAGUCAGAACCAGUCCACCAGGCAUGGAGCUGUGACUGGUCUGAACUCUGUGGGCCAACAUUACAACUGGUCCAGUACAACUGAUACACAUAUCUGUAGACACACAGCUCUAUAACAUAACUGAAAAAAUAACUAAGUAAAAGUAAAAUUACCUGAACAGAAAAUAACUUUGGUAAAAAUAAAUAUUACUGAUGAAAAAAACUACUUAAAGGAACAGUGUGUGGGAUUUUAUCAAUUCUUUUAGCAGAAAUUGAGAUAAUCACUAAUGACAAUAAUAAAAACAUGUCUAAUUAUUGCA